CGGGUAAGUCACUGUCUAUAGAACAGUCCACGAUAAACACACUCGGAUAUUUUAGGAUGUACCCGGUUUUAUCAGAGCUAUUGUCUCAAUAUGUAAAGGUCAUUUUCAAAUCGGAUGUUUACCUGUAACAUAAAUACGAACGGAAAUGGUAAAGCAUCUAUAAAACAGAAACCGGAACUAAAACUAUUUUAUCAAAAAGGAAUAAAUUAUAUCGUUUUAUACAUGUGAAUACAUCACAAACUGUACAAGGAUAUAUCAUAGCGGUAUUAAUAAAUAUAAUUAGUUGCCUGAAUCCGGGUGUUUAAACAUAACUGAAACUGUUCUGAAAAGAAAAUCGUACUGAACAGCAAAAACUGUGCUCAAAUAAUGUUGCAUCUAUAAAAUAACAGUGUUUCACAGACUUGAGUUGAAACCUCGGAACCUGGCAAUAUUCGUGUGCCGGCGUAGGCGCUGAAACCGCAGGCGCUGGGCGACGGCGGGGUACGUGUAACGGCAGAGGCGUGGAUACACCGGGAGCUGGACAAUGAUGUCUGAUAGCCCUCUGAAAUCAACAACAGACGCGAUUGCCGAAGCCUGGUCAGCGAUGGACGGCAGUCUAGUGAUGAAGUCGAGCAGCUUCAAUGUAAAGGAUAUACUCGAUCUACCGAGAGAAGGCAAGUUAGCAUGCAGCCCGGUGGCUACAGGAACAACAACAACAGGCUCACUAAGAACUAUACCAAACAUUCCGGACAUACCGGCUGUGGAUUACAGUUACGAUGCUUCCGAGAAUCCCUACACACGCUGGUUACAUAAUAACGCCUCUGACGUUAUGCAGUAUACCCACCUUCCACAAAUGAAUUCUCCGGGCAGUAAUUCAAAUCAAUCGUCUGGUGAAAUAGCACACGAGACAAAUGGCGGACAUGUGCGAUUGAAAUCAGAACAUGGCGAGUCUUCGGAGGCUGAAGCAGACGACAUUGACAAAGAUGACGAGGAAGAAGAAGAGGAAGAUGACGACGAAAAGAAAGAUCAAAAUAGUUCAGAACCAAAUCAGAAAAAGAGAAAACGGCGAGUGUUGUUCUCAAAAGCUCAGACAUAUGAGCUAGAACGGAGGUUUAGACAGCAGAGAUAUUUAUCCGCACCUGAAAGAGAACAUUUAGCAAGUAUUAUAAGACUCACCCCUGUGCAAGUUAAAAUCUGGUUUCAAAAUCAUAGAUACAAAUUAAAACGUGCAAGACAAGAGAAAGGACUUGAUUUAAAUCCGUUACCAUCGCCUAGACGAGUGGCAGUUCCUGUGUUAGUGAGAGACGGUAAGCCGUGCCAACCGAGUAUGAAUGGGGGCCUUAUAAAGUCAAAUGAUCAUCAUCAUCAUCAUAACAUGCAGACGAAUCUCAGCAAUAUGUCACACAUGAGCCAUGCUGGUAUGGGUUCCAUGAACAAUGUUAACACCAUGAAUACUUUACCGUCCAUGGGAGACACUCUCACAGGCAUGAACUCGCUAAAUACUUCCUUGUCGUCUCCUAUGAACAUGAGUUGUGCGUAUAAUAUGAACUCUGCAAUGAAUUCUAUGAACGGAAUGAAUAUACCAAAUAUGAACACAUAUACUAACAAUAUGAACGUAUUGCCAAGUUAUAGCCAUCCCUUAAUGCAACCGCAGACACGGUGGUGGUAGUAUAACUAAACACUCUUCAACAUUUGUGCUAACAUUUUAUUCUGCAAACCAGCGUCGACAUUCGUCCGGACAAAUUUACAGAAAUACCAAUUGAAAUUACAGCGGUUUGAAAUCUGAAUAACAAGUUUGUUUUACCUUGUUCAAAACCGCUUCGAAUACGUUUUAAAAUGAUGUAUAUAUUUCAACUGUCACCAAAGUGCCGUGUUUAUUUUAUUAUGCUGUUCAUAUUAUUUAUACCAUACUUUAACAGGACGUUACAGUUUAAUGACUAUAUUUUUUAAAACAAACGUGUACUGACAAAAAGUACUGUGUAAAAUUAAAAUGAAUGUAACGUGCAAUGAAGCUUACGUAACUGGACUAUGUACGCACAGUUCGCCGCCUGUAGAAGUCAAGGAACAAUAAGUAUUAUAUUUCUUACUAUAUUCUCUACUUUCAUUAUUUGAAACACAGUCUGUAUCUCUUGUGUUUUUCUAGCUAUAAGUUUCAAUAUUUGGAGCAUCAUUCGGAGCAGAUUUUUUUCAUUAUUCGUUUAUAGUAAUUUUAGUGAGAUCUUUACUUUCAGGAAAGGUUGUCCAAAUUAUCUCAUCUACAUGCUUGUGUUCCCUCGUAACAUUUUUAUUUAAUUCAACAUAAAAAAUCCACAUCUUUCUCAAAUCUCAGUUUCUAAGCAUUAUUGUUUAUUUAUAUACGUUGCCUUUUUUUACUUUUAUAUUCCUAACAUUGCUGUUUGCAUUGUUAUGUUCACCGUUCAGUUCAUGUUCUAUCAUUAAAAAAGGAAAACCAGCAA